AUGACAGGGAAUUUAUUGCUGAAAUACCUCGUGCACUGCAAAGGCAAAAGGAAAAAUCAUCAAACUCCUCCCAUCUUUGCCAAAAGCUUUGGUGUUUGGGCAGCCAAAGGCAAGAGGCCUCAGCACCAGGGCUGGUGGGCUCUGGUCCUGCCCACGCUGUGGGUGAGCCAGGGCUGGCACAGGGAAUGGUGCAGGUGCUGGUCUGGCAGUGGAGCUGCUGCCCUUUGGAGCCAUUUUAAAGGCUGUCCUUGCUGGAGCACCCUGGUCCCUGCCAUCCCCUGGGACACAGAGGCAGCCCUGUCCCAAGUGGCUUUGGCACCUUGGCAGGAAUGUGGCAGCAGCCCCAGAGCAGCUGGAGCACCAGCAGGGAAGGGACAAGAGGAUCCCUGUGGGAUGAGGCUGGAGAGAGCGAGCAGAGGAGCAGCCUCGGGCUGGAGAAGGGCAAAGGGACCAACAUGGUGUCACCAGGGCACCUGUGAGGAGCAGAAUGGACACCUGGAGGCCACAUGGAGGAAAGGGAUGCACAUCCCUGUCUUCAGCACACCUCCAGUGGGACCUACCUGUGAAAGCUUUCCACCACUUGUGCACUUGCAGCUGGAUCCUGAAAAACUCCAAAUUCCAUCCCACUGAUUUUCAGCUAUCUCUGAGGGCUACUGCCUGGGAUUUAAUGUCUGUGGGGAAAGAUUGCCUUGGCUUCAGUGCUGCUGAUGGAUGGUGGCCUCAGGCUGGGCAGGAGGGAAGGGAUUUGGGGUGGCUGGGACAUAGCUGGCAGCUGUGGGGGAGCUCUGAACCGGGAAUUGCUGCGUGAGCCCCUGUGCAAACGGGCCGUGCCUCCAUUCCCAGGUAAUGCCAGCUGCUCCUUGGGCUCCUCCUGGGCUCUUGGUGCUCUGUGUGGGCUGGAGCAUUUCCACAUGCCUGCUCAGAGCAGCCCCUGGCCCAGGAGCCACGGUGCAGGCACAGCUCCUCCUGCAGAUCCCACAGACACGAGGGGCUGCUGCCUUCAGGAGCUUCUGGCUCCUCCUGCCCUGCGCUCCCAGCCCGCCGGGACACCCUGAGGGAGCACCAAGGAGCACGGCUGGCAGCGAGCAGGAGACACCGAGGCCUCUGGGCCCAGAAACAGCCCCGGCCUCAGCAGCCACCGUCACUUUGAGCUGGCAUCGCUCACCUGCAGGAAACGCCCCCUGCCACUCUCCAGAGGAACUUCCCCACGGGCAGGGUAACCCUCAGGACUUGUCUGGUUCACUUCUUCCUGGGGAAACAAGGGGACAUUGUGUGAGCACAUUUACAGCUGCUGGGUAAGUCCUGGAAAGGGCAGAAGAAUCAGGGUCAUGGGGAAGAGUUUGGUGCUGACAUGCUGAGUGCCAGCCAGUUCUGCCCUACAGCCAUUGCAGGGGCUGGUGUGUAAAGCAGCAUUCACAGAAGGGAAGGAGCUGCAUUUGUAGAGGAGGUCUCUUACUGGCAGCAGUCAUUCCCAUCCCACACAGGACCUUUGGAACAACCCUGGGAUUGGCUCAGGUGAUUGGAGCAGGGUGCUGAGAAGACCAAAAUUCUGUGUUCGAUGUGCAGCUGGGCCGGUCACUUCUCAGCAUUUGACUCGAUGAUCCUCACGGCUCUGGAAAUAAAGAACAAACAGUUGGCACUGGUUUUUU